UGGUUCGUUUUUCCCUCCACAAAUCCAAUCCAUCUGAGAUCCCACCCGCCAUUACCCCGCCACGCCAGAUCCAAUCGAAUUGGAGGAGACGGCCGAGAGCAGCGCAGGCGGAGCAGAUCUCCGCCUCCGCCUCCCACAUCAGCCAAGCUGCUGGCCAUGGCGCCGCCCAAGCCCACCACUCCUGACGCCGCCACCAAGCCCAAGAAGAAGGUCACUGCCGCGCAGGUCGCCUUCCUCGUCGACCGCUACCUCGUCGACAACGGCUUCCACGCCGCGCUCGCCGCCUUCCGCUCCGACGCCGCCCACCUCUUCAGCCCCAACCGCGCCAAGCCACCGCCCAAGGGCCUCCUCCCGCUCGCCGACAUCCUCCACGACUACAUCGCCCUCAAGGAGGGCCGCGUCGCCAUCGACUCCGCGAUGCACGCCAUGCACUCCCUCGUCUCCAACUACUACGCCUCCUCCUCCUCGCCGCCGCCGCCUCCCAUCACUCCUGCGAUGAUGAUGAUGAUGCCUCCCCUGCCUCCCGCCGCAAACACCUCCCAGCCAUCCUCGCCUCCACUCGUCCCGCCGCUCUUCGUCGCCUCGUCUUCGUCUCCUCCGCAGCCCCAAGGCACCGCCGGAUAUGCUUCACCUGUCGUACAUCACUACGCUCAUGCAUCCACCGCGCUUCUUGUCCACAACUCCUCAGACAUGCCCACCAAAAAGAGGAAGCAUUCCAAGUCUGCAGGGAAGACUACUACAGCCUCCAAGAAAUCCUGCACUACGACCCAUCCAACUUCAGCUGAACAUUCUGCCAUGGCAAAGCUUCCUGUCCAGACUUCCUCUGUUGCAAAGAGCUUAUUCAGGCCACUUCAGCCUCAACUCCACACUUCUCCCUGUACACCGCCACAAAGCCAUGUCAUACAAGAUCAGGAUCAGCCCGCUGCUUGUACAACUCAAAGGCCAUUCCCUGUGGCGGCAAGUGCUCAUACCCAGCAGGACAUUGCCUCCUCCCAGUGCUCCAUAGUUUCUUCCAAGACUCUCAUCGUCAGCCCGCUCAAAGGGGGCACCUAUUAUGCUGUUGAGAGGAGUUACCAUGUCAGCUCCCCCUUGAAAUCCACCACCCACAAGUCAACCAAGAGGGAACAUGUCAAAGGAAAGCUAAACUUUGAUGCUACUGAUUCAAGGCCAGGUCCAAGCGAGCAGCUGAUUUGUGACAAGGCCUCUACCUCUUCUGACGAAGACAAGCAAGAUGACUUUGACAUUGAUUUCACUAAUCUUGAUAUAUUUGAUGGUGAUUUUUCGUUUUCUGAGCUUCUGCUUGACCUUGACCUUGACACUGAAGGUGUUCAUUGCCAGAAUCCUUCUACAGGUGCUGAAGUUCAAAGACUAGAGCCUGUUCCCAAGAGUGGUUAUGUGAUAGCAGAUCCUGGUUUACCUGAUUCAGUGAAGGCAGUGGCUGCAGAUUCCACUGAAGAUUUCGAUUUGCAAGCAGGAACGACAUCUGUCACUUCUGUAAGGGCUAUUACUAAGAGGAUAAAGAUCGUCAGCCCUGUGAAGGGCCGCACAGCUUCUUAGAGCAGCGGAUGAAAUUUCACAUCACCAAGUCAAACGCGACUGUAUGUAGCCGCAUGACUGACUAACUUUAUCUAGAUGGCCCGCCUGACAAUCCAUUACAGUUUGUUGUAGUAGUGACCAACUGAACUGCGCUGAGGGCAUUUUCAGCUUCCUGUAGCAUGCUAGUAAUGUUAUGAUGUAGUUUCUUGUAUCUGUUAGCACUGUGUUCUCAUGUAAAUGCUAAUAUGGCAUUACUAAUUCUAAUGUUAAUGUUUUGUUUCUGUCAGAAGUUUGGCAUUCAGAUUUUAAUUGCAUUUUGACUA